GGUAGCGCGCGGUCGUGCUACGCGCUACGUCGUAGCACGUAGCGCUACGAACUCGGAAAAGUUUAAAUAGUUGUGUGAGUGCAGUGGAAUGUUACUUUUUGAGACUGAGUGAAGUUUUGGAGUUUACUGAUCAGCGGCAUGGCGCUCGCCGGAAGCUUGGCCUUCCUCUUCUUGCUGGCCGCCUCCCCGUCCAGCAGCCAGCUGAUCUUCCUGAUGGAGCCGCCGCCACGGCUCUCGUUCUCCAACAGCACGGGCGCCAGCGUGUCUUGCGCGGCGCACGGCACACCCGCGCCCACCAUCACUUGGCUGACUGAAGACGGCGUGCCGGUGUCAGAUGUGCCAGGACUCAGGGAAGCGCUACCAAACGGCACGCUGUGGCUGGGCGCGUUCUCGGCGGCGCAGUACCGCAGCGACGUGCACGCGGCCGUGCUCCGCUGCCGCGCCGCGGGCACCGUGGGCACCGUGCUGUCGCGCGACAUGAGGCUCGAAGCAGCGACGUGCACGCGGCCGUGCUCCGCUGCCGCGCCGCGGGCACCGUGGGCACCGUGCUGUCGCGCGACAUGA